AUGCCCGUUAUUCCCGUUGAAAUUGAUUGUACACCAAAAUGCCGUUCAACAACUCAUUAUCUAGAUUUAAUCCGUGUUGCAUCACAAUCUGUACCAGCUCAACUAAUACUCAGUUAUAUAUGUCGAUGUGGAAACUGCGUAAAAGGUCAUGAUAAAUAUGGUCGAACAUUACUUCAAGUAUGCUCGGCUUUACCUGAAAAAUGGCCAAUAAUUGAUUGGUUAUUAAAACAAAAAAAAGUCGAUAUCAAUCCUAAGAAUUUAGAAUCAGGCUAUACUGCUUUACAGUAUAGUGUAUUCUAUGGCAGAAUUGAUAAUGCUAUUAAUCUUAUUAAAGCCGGUGCAAACACAAAUCUAUUGGAUUAUGAUCAUAUGACAUAUAUUGAUAAUAUUAUACGUGAUACAUACGUUGAAACACGUAGUCAAUUACCAGAAACCUAUGAAGUAUAUACAAUGGGUGAAAAUACAAAUGGAAAUUUAGGUCAUACUCAAUCAACAGCUAAAAGAGUCCCUGAAUUAAUCGAUAUAUUUCGUCGAGAUUCAAUUUCUAUCACAAAGGUUAAAAUAGAUAAAUAUCAUACAUUAUUUUUAUCGGAGAAUGGUUCAGUUUAUUCUUGUGGUUAUGGUGUUGGUGGACGUCUUGGACAUGAUAAUGAAGAACCAGUUUUAAGUCCUAAACAAAUAAUGGUUAUGGAAACAAUAAAAGAUACUGAACAAGAUCGUUGUAUUGAUAUUGCUAUUACACGAGAUUGUUCUUAUUUUCUUACUGAAAAAGGUUGUUUAUGGAGUUGUGGUUUAAAUAAUUAUCAUCAAUUAGGUCACCCUGGUAUAACUAAACUUUUAGUACCAACAAAAGUACAAUUUCGUCAAAUAAAAGAUCGAAAAAUAACACAUAUAGCUUGUGGUCGUUUUCAUGUUGCAUUGAUUGUUGAUGAUGGACAAUUAUUUACUUUUGGUCUUAAUGCUGGACAUCUUGGUCAUCCAAAAACAAAUGAUUUAUAUAUACAACAACCAUUACUUGUUACGAAAUUUAAUAGUCAAUCUGAAUAUGUUCAAAAACUUGUUUGUAGUGAUUAUGCAAUAAUAUGUUAUACAAAUAAAGAUGCUAUUUAUGUAUUAAAUGAUUAUAAAUAUAGAAAAAUUGUGAAACAUGUUCCACAAGUAACACAAAUAGCUGUAGUAGGUGGAAAACUCGAAUCAAAUGGUAUACUUGAUGAAGAGAAUAUCGAUGAUGAUUUGAAAGUAUUUUAUGUUCAAUCAAAUAAAUUAUAUCUUUAUCAUGAACGUGAAUCAAGUAAUGUGAAAGCAAAAUUAUGUUUAUGGGCAACUAAACAACGAUUAUCUAUCGAACAGAUAGCUGCUGGAACAAAUGCGUUGAUUUUUUCAACAAAUACUGGUCAAGUUUAUACUGCAAGUUUAGAUAAAUUAGCGAAUGUUAAUAGAAAAAUUGAACAUGAUCCACCAUCAAAUUCAAUUUAUGAUGAACGUGCUUACCAAUAUUUAACUCCAUCACCUAUUCCACUUCUACAUCGUUGUCGUUUAUUAACAACUGAUCGUACAGGACGUUCAUUAGUUGCACUUCAAUAUCAUCCAACUACACAUUUAAGUGCAUAUCCACGUCAACCACAAUCAAGUUUUCAGGACAAUCUUCAUGAAUUACUUAAUGAAGCUGAACAUAUGCAUGAUAUAAUGCUUGAAAUAAAUAAUAAUCAAACAUUUCCAGCUCAUAAAUAUAUAUUAUCAAUGCGUAGUCCUUAUUUUCGCGAACGAAUAAUUAAAAAAGAAAUUGAUCAUUUAUCAAUAAUAAAUGAAACAAAUCAUUUUAUUGAUCCGGAAUUUUUUCAAUUAAUUCUUGAAUAUAUUUAUACUGAUAAAUGUCCAUGGUUAAAUUAUUCACAUAAAUUAAAAAUACGUGAUGAACAUGAAUAUCAAGCUUAUUUAAUACGUAUGAAAAGUACGGAUGAUGAUAUUAAUGAUCAUCGCUUUUUUGCUCGUGCUCGACAACAAGCUUCAACAGCUUCAUCUACUAAUCAACAUGGAACAAAAUCGAAAAAGAAAAAAAAAUCUGGUGUAACAUCACCAACAAAUGAAUUUAUUCCUGGACAACAAACUGAUGAUGAAUUAACUAUUGGUUUAGAACGUUUAAUUGAACUUGCAAAAUUAUUUCAAUUACAUAAUCUUCGAAAAAGACUUGAUACUAUAAAACAAAGUCGACAGAAAAGUUCUACGAAUAGCUAUGAUGAAUCAAUUGGACAGAUUAAACAACGUUAUCAUUAUACACGAGAAGCAUUACCAGAUUUACAUGAUGUAACAAUUAUUUCUGAAGAUGGGAAAAAAAUUUCAUGUCAUAAAUGUAUUUUAACAAGUCGACUUGAUUAUUUUCGUCAUAUGUUCUUCGCCGGUUGGAUAGAAAGUCAAAGUAAUUCAGAAUUAAAUAUGGCAAUACCAUCUGAUUUACUUGAAAUUAUUAUUGAUUAUUUAUAUACGGAUAAUAUUUCAAGCAAAUUUACUGUUGAACAACUUUGUCAAAUUUUGGUUCUCUCAGAUCAAUUAUUAAUCGAAAGACUUAAACAAAUUUGUGAAUUUCAUAUAGCAAAUUUAGUAACAUUUCGUGAUGCUGCUGAACUUCUACAAUUUUCUUCAACAUACAAUGCUGAACAAUUGAAAAUAUUUGUUGAACAAUAUAUUUGUCGAAAUCUAGCUACUUUUCUUGAAGCACGUUUACUUGAUAAUCUUGAUAAUCAAUUAAUCAUUGAUUUAACAAAAUCUUAUCGAAAUUUACUUGAUUGUAUGAAUUAUCGAAUGAUAACACCAUAUAAUGAUUGUCCAUCAUUGGAUGAUCUUUUUAUUGAUCUUGAUGAAUUAGAAAAUUUAUCUAUUGAUAUAGAUGAAACAGCAAUAACAGCAGCAACAACAUUUGCAACGAAAAAACAACAAUCACAACAAAAACGAAAACAACAGAAUAAAUUACGUACAUCAGAAUCAGAAACUAUAACUAAAGCAUCACCACCUAUUUCAAUUGAAACUACAUCAAAUGUAAUAAUACCGAAUCGUACUAAAGUACAAGAAGAAAAAUGGACUUCAGUAUCAUCGAAAAAAACAUCGAAAAAUAGUAAAAAUUCACAAAUAGCAGCAGGAUCAAAUAAUGCUGUGAUCAGUCCACCUAAACCAAAAAUUCCAGGUGCUGUUUAUACUCAACAAGAAGCGGAACAAUUAGCUGCAAUAAGGAAAGCAGCAAGUCAAGAGAUAAAUAUAAAUAAACCAGUGAUAUCACCACAAAUUGCAAAAUCAUUAACACCUGCAAAAGAUGAACCACCUUCAAAGGGUCCUUGGAAAACUAUAACUAGUCCUGCGCCUGUAUCAUUAAAAGCAACGUUUUCAACAGAGAAAGAAGUAAAUGUACCAAAACCAACAAUGGCACGAUCAACACCUGUUACAACUUCAACCCGCUCAGUUCCUAUAACUCCUAUAUCUCCACCACAACAUGAUAUUACGAAACCAUGGGCAAUAUUAGCAACAUCACCACCACCACCAACAUCUUCAUUUGCAUAUUCAACGAUGUCUAUUGCUACAUCACCACCAGCUCCACCAAUGUCAUUUAAACAUAUACAAGAUCAAGAAGCACGAGCACAUGAAGCUCUUCGACAAAUCAGUAAUAAAUCACUUGAAACAAUUCAGACUGAAGAAUUAGCUAUACAAGCAUUACAUCGUUUAUAUAAUUCAGCUCAAGAAUUUGAUAUUUCAAUUACUAUUGAACGUGUUUUACCUGAAAUAGCCAAUCCAAUUUGGCCUCGAACAUCAACAGCAGCAGCAUCAUCAGCAGCAUCAAGCAUUCUCUUAGUUACGCAAAAAAAAGGACAAAAAUGA